CCUGGCGGUCUUUUUGCCUCUUUCAUAGCUGUCCAUCUGCUAAUGUUCUGGAGCGCAGGUUCAGGGUCCGGGUGACUAACCGAGAAGGUGCUAAGGGAGCCGCUGUCCCCGCCGCACAGACUGGGGUCCACGGCUCGGCGACGCCGCCCAGACUGCCCCGCACGGGGUCCAGGACAGAGACCCCCCAGCCCGGGUGUCCGUCCGCCCCGCCCCCCGAGUCCGAUGGCGGCGGCCGCGCCCAGGGCCCCGGCGCAGGGCACUGUGACCUUUGAGGAUAUCGCCAUGUAUUUCUCCUGGGAAGAAUGGGAUCUUCUUGAUGAGGCUCAGAGACACCUGUACCAGGAUGUGAUGCUGGAGAACUUAGCACUUAUAACCUCCUUGGGUUGUGAGCAUGGAGCAGAGGAUGAGAAGGCCCCUUCUGAGCAGAGCGUUUCUGUAGAAGGAGUAUCACAGGUCAGGAUUCCCAAAACAGGUCUUCUUUCCCAGAAGGCCAACCCCUAUGAGGUGUGUGGUCCAAUCUUGAAAGACAGUUUUCACUUGGCUGAGCACUGGAAAACACAAUUCAGUGAGAAACUAUAUACCAAUGGGACACAUGGGAAAAGAUUCUGUUUCAGUGAAAACCUUCAUCACAAAAAGCAGCACGUGAGAGAUCAGCCCUUUGGAAGCAACAUAAGCAGAGCUUCAGUGGUGGUCAAGAGUUGCAGAUUGCAAGUUUCAGGGAAGCCCUUUAUCUGUGGGGAGGUUGGAAAGGACUUCCUGGCCAGCUCAGGAUUCCUCCAGCAACCAGCCACACACACUGGAGAGAAGUCAAACAGUGGAACUGAAUGCAGGAUGGCCUUCCCCAAGGGAAAGACUCAACACCACUGGGGAGACUGCACAGAAGCUUUCAGCCACAAGCACACAUUUACCCAUCACCAGAGAGUCCGCCCUGGAGAAAGAUGUUACAUGUGCAGUGAAUGUGGGAAAUCUUUUAGCCAUAACUCGAGCCUUAUUAAACACCAAAGAGUUCACACAGGAGAAAGGCCUUAUGAGUGUGGGGAAUGUGGGAAAUCCUUUAGCCAAAGCUCCAACCUCUUUCAGCAUCGGAGAGUUCACACUGGAGAAAGGCCUUAUGAGUGCAGUGAAUGUGGGAAAUCUUUUAGCCAGAGCUACAGCCUCAAUAACCAUCGGAAAGUUCACACUGGAGAAAGGCCAUUUGAGUGUGGAGAAUGUGGCAAAUCCUUUAGUCAAAGAUCUAACCUCAUUCAACAUCAGAGAAUUCACACUGGAGAAAAACCUUACGAGUGCAGUGAAUGUGGGAAGUCCUUUAAUCAAAGCUCUGCACUCUUGCAGCACCAUACCAUUCAUACUGGAGAACGGCCCUAUGAGUGCAAUGAAUGUGGGAAAUCCUUUACCUACAAUUCCAGUCUCUUAAAACAUCAGAAAGUCCACACAGGAUCAAAGCCUUAUGAGUGCAGUGAAUGUAGGAAAUCUUUUAGCCAGAAUUGCAGCCUUGUUCUACACCUGAGAGUUCACACUGGAGAAAGGCCUUAUGAGUGCAGCAAAUGUGGAAAAUCUUUUAGCCAAAGCUCUGCACUCCUUAAACACCAUAGAGUUCACACUGGAGAAAGGCCAUAUGAGUGCAGUGAGUGUGGGAAGUCCUUUAGACGAAGCUCCAACUUCAGUGACCAUCGGAGAGUUCACACUGGAGAAAGGCCUUAUAAGUGUAACCAGUGUGGGAAAUCUUUUAGUAAAAGCUCUGGCCUCACUCGACACCAGAGAAUUCAUACUGGUUUGGGCAUCAUAAAUGUCUUGAAUGAGAAAGCCAUUAGCCAAAGGCCUUAUUACCUCAUUGAUUACCACAAAAUUCACAUGGGAAAAACAACUUAGAUGUGUAGCAAAUGUAUUUCCUUGUUCAGUAUAACAACACUCAAGGAGAUCUCUUUUGAGGGUGCCAUCUGCCUAAAUUGAGUCUCAUACAUCCAAACAUCAAAAUAAAUUCCAGGUAUGGGGACGCCUGGGUGGCUCAGUGCUUAAGCGUCUGCCUUCGGCUCAGGGUGUGAUCCUGGGCUCCUGGGAUCAAAUCCCACAUGGGGCUCCCUGCAUUGAGCCUGCUUCUCCCUCUGCCUGUGUCCCUGCCUCUCUCUCUCUGUGUCUCAUGAAUAAAUAAAUCAAAUCUUAAAAAAAAAUUCCAGGUAUGUUGAGCAUAGUCCUGUGUCAGAUUUUUAUUACUGUUGGUUCUGUAGCAGCACCCGUUUACCUCUACCACCUGCAGAUGUCCACACGUGCAUCAUUUAUCUACCCUGACCUGUUCAGGGAAGUUAACCUUGGUAUUUGCCCAUUCACUGGUAAACGUGUGGGAAGCCAGAGUACUCAUUCCUUUCUCUCUGAUUAGUUAAGGCAUGGAUGGCCCAGUUGUGGUCCAGAGGACACCAUCUGAGUUCUGCUGAUGACCUGAAAAGUCACCUUUUUUAGGGAUAUUAUUGGUCUGGUGACUCUUGUGAUGGCAUUUCUAGCCCCCAAGUCACCAACCCAGGAACAGCCUUCCUCCAUUAAUCUGAUUUGUGCUAUAACAAAGCCCUUAUUGUGUAAGUCACCUUUAUUUUGAGAGUUAUUCACUCUAUGGGAUGGAUUUGGAGCAACAGAAAGACAGGAGAAACAGCUCCUGUGAGCACCCCAAUGUUUGUGUGCAUCAGAGGGCUGGAAGAGUGGUAGUCCUCUCUCUGGUUUGGCUCUUGUUUGUGUUGUUGCCCCAUGCCUCAAAGGAAAUUACAUUGGAUUUUGUGGUUAAAUUGUAGCCUGGGUGGCAGGACAUUUUGUGGUGUCAGAGCUCCCCCUGAAGGGGUGCAAUGGUGACAACCUCCAGUACUUCUGGGAACAACAUAAAAUUGUUCUUUGGUUUGCUGGGAAUAUGGCAUUGUGCUCAGCACUGGGGAAGAAAUCUGUUCCCAGGUCCUGCAGAGGAGUGAUGGACACCAAUGUCCAGAAUUCUGUGUGGUGGUGCCAGUGGCUGAAAGAUUAUAGGAGGAAUCCUAAUUGUACGCAAGUAGUAGAUGAAUAGAGAGUACAGGAGACUGCACCAAACUGGUUGAAAUGUGCCUUUUUUAAAAGGGCACUUGUGGGCAGCCCGGGUGGCUCAGCGGUUUAGCACCUGCCUUCGGCCCAGGGCAUGAUCCUGGAGUCCCCGGAUUGAGUCCCACAUCGGGCUCCCUGCAUGGAGCCUGCUUCUCCCUCUCCCUAUGUCUCUGCCUCUCUCUGUGUCUCUCAUGAAUGAAUGAAUGAAUGAAUGAAUGAAUGAAUGAAUAGGCAUUUGCUUGUUUCAGUCAGUAUGGCUGUGAAAGAUGAGCAGGUCCAGUUCUCAGAUUCUCCUGAGCUGUGAGUCUUGUGUAGUUGAGGGACUUGUCAGGAAAUAAUCUGGGAGGUGGGGGGGCUGCCUGGGGGGCUCAGUUGGCUAAGCGGCUGGCUCUUGGUUUCCACUUGGGUCAUGAUUCAGGGUUGUGAGAUCAAGUUCUAUGUACAGAUCAAGUCUCAGUAUGGAGCCUGCUUGGGAUUCUCUCUCCUCCCUGUGCGCUCCCUGCCUCCUCAUUCACACUUUCACAUGUGCGCUCUUCCCCUGCUCCCCCCACAAAAAAAACUAAGAGUUUUACAGAUUCCUGUAGUUUAUCUGCAUUGUUCACCAUCAGGCCAUUGCUGCACAGGAAGGAAAACAAAGGUAGAAGGAAGAUCUGAGUCCAACAGUGCAGGCUUUGUUACCUAGCCUGAAUUCCUGAGGACUCAUGUGGAAAUGGGUUUCAUUACUCCCCUGUAUUUGCUGCCACUGAGGCAAGGUGCUGACCUCGGCAUUAUAAGGGAUAUGGUAGGGUCAAUAUAGGUUUGCCAAACUUUAUUUUUUGAAACCAAAGAAUUUUUUUUAUAAUUCUGUUAAUGUCUUCUUGGUAUAGUUAAUAAAUUGUCCAUAUGUAAACUGUAUCAUUUGAUGAGUUUUGACAUUCAUGUAAACCCAUGAAACCAUCUUCACAAUCAACAAUGUGCAUGUCACUCCAUAUUCACUCAUGCCCUUUAAUUAUCUCUUUUUCUCUGCCCUCCAGGAAAAUGUGGCUUUACUUUCUUCUUUGGUUCAUAUGUAUUUUCUGUAAUUUUACAUGAAAAUAAAAUGUUUAGUUUUUUUUUC